AUGACGCUGCAUUCUCUACACAACAACGCUUCUAUUACUAUCCAAGCUCAUGUAGUUGCUCUAUUGACGGUAAACUUGCCGUCAUUUACGCUAACGAAGAAGAAAUGGCCGCAUAUAACUGGGCUACAACUCGCUGAUCCAGACUUCUUGACAUCACGACCUAUUGACAUCGUUCUGAGUGCAGCACCAGCUACACAUAUAAUCAACGCUACAAUAAGAAAAAGGAGUGUCAAUGACCCAAUCGCUCAGUCAACAUCACUUGGCUGGAUCAUAUAUGGAUCUGUGGACACCGCUACAUUGAAAUUGACCGCUUUUGGUCAUCAUGUCACUGUUGAUGAUCAACUACAAGACUUAUUAAGGAAGUUUUGGUAUCAAGAAGAGCCACAGACAGAAUUCACUACAGGCUAUACUGAAGAACAAGAAGAGUGUGAACAACACUUUGUCAAUACACACUACAGACAGUCUGAUGGUCGAUAUGUCGUUCGCUUGCCGCUUAAAUCUUUGCCAAGUCAACUGGGUGAUUCGCUCAGAGCUGCACAAUACGCUUCAUUACGUCAUCUCAAACGAUUGGAGGCUGAUCCAGUCUACAAGAAGUUGUACUUUGACUUCCUGAAGGAGUAUGAAGACUUGGGACACAUGAAACGUAUGGAAUUAAAGGAUUUACCACCGAACAGCUACCUGUUGCCGCAUCGUGGGGUUCUAAAAGAGCAGAGCACUACCACCAAGCUCAGGGUGGUAUUUAAUGGGUCAUGGAAAACUACAUCUGGCGUAUCAGUGAACGAAAUACUUCAUAUGGGUCCCAAAAUUUAA